AUGUCCGACGCGAGCGUUUUGAAUAGCAUCUUCCAGCAGUUGCGGACAGCCCGCACACUGACUGAAAAAACACACGCUGCAGAAGAACUGCGCGACCAUCUAACCUCCGUCACGCACGAACUCAACACAGAGCCUCUCUCGCGCUACAACAACGACAUCAACCUUCGCAUUUCCGAGCUAAUCCACAAUGGCGACCCCGUCAUCCGGCUGGGCGGUAUCAUGGCCAUUGACCGGCUCAUUGACGUCGAUGUCGGCGAGGAAAACGCCAUAAAAGUGACCCGGUUCACCAACUACCUGAAGACGACUAUUCCAGGAGAUACAGAAUCGAUGCGCAUUGCCGUCGACGCUCUCGGCCGUCUAGCUGCCACGGGAGGCAAUUUGUCUGCCACUGUGGUUGAAUCCGAGGUCAACAGAGCUCUCGAAUGGCUCCAGAGCGACCGAGGAGAGGGCUCUAGACGCCAUGCUGCCGUCAUGGUGAUCAAGAGUAUGGCCCAGCAUUGUGCCACGUUGCUGUACGGGUACAUGAGCCAGAUCCUUGACCUGAUCUGGGUGGGACUGCGUGAUCCGAAGGUGCAGAUUCGGGUUGACUCGGCCGAGGCGCUGCAGUACUGCCUGAACAUUGUGCAUUCUCGUGACCAGACCCUUAAAAAGCAGUGGUUCAACCGAAUUAUGGAGGAGGCCAAGGUGAGUUUGAACAUGGGUGGUGUCGACACCAUUCAUGGCGCUCUGCUCACCUACAAGGAAGUCCUUCGAGGAGGCAUGUUUGAGAACUCACGAUACGACGAGGUGUGUGAGGUUGUGUUAGCCAACCGCGACUCGCGUGACGUGCUGAUCCGAAAGACGGUGCUCAACAUCAUCCCAGACCUUGCCCAAUACAAUCCCUGGCAGUUUACAAAGCGGUAUCUGCACAAAUGCAUGUUGUACCUUCUUUCACAGCUCAAGAAGGACAAGGACCGUAACCUUGUUUUUCUGUCGAUUGGCCAGAUUUCCUUUUCUGUCCGGUCGGCCAUGGCUCCUUACUUGGACGCCAUUCUGGAAAAUAUCCGAGAAGGUCUCAGUCUGAAAUCUCGAUAUAGGAAGGAGCAGGAGAGUGCCAUUUUCUCCUGUAUUGGCAUGUUGGCUGUUGCUGUGGGUCAGGCUCUGGCCAAGCAUCUGAACCAAAAAAUUCUGGAUCUCAUCAUGGCUUGUGGUUUGAGUGAACACCUGCACAAUUGUCUGAGUGAGCUGGUUCACAACAUUCCUCCACUGGGCCCUUCCAUCCAGCAGCGGUUGUUGAACAUCAUCUCGUUCACUCUCUCUGGCCACCCCUUUAAGCUCCCUGGGUCUCCUGCUGCGACUUCUUCUGCAGAGUACAUGUCUGUGACACGUGCACGGGAGUACCGAGAGACUGAGGACGACAAGGAUGAUGCAGCCGUGGUUGCGCUUGCUCUUCACAUUCUCGGCACGUUUAACUUCAAGGGUUUGUCGCUGACCGAGUUUGUGCGGUUCUGUGCAAUCACUUAUGUUGAUCAUGACUCUCCUGAGGUGCGAAAAGCAGCCGCCCUCUCAUCUUGCACCAUUUAUCUCAACGACCCUAUUGUGUUCCAGUUCUCCGCUCAUGCUCUGAGUGCCGUUUCCGAAGUGGUUGAGAAGCUGUUGACGGUGGCUGUGGUUGAUCCUGACCCUGAUAUCCGAAUUGGUAUUCUCACUACAUUUGAUCCGCGAAUUGACCCUCAUUUGUCCCAGGCCGAGAACGUGCGUCUUUUAUUCACUGCUUUGAACGACGAGGUUUUUGCGAUUAGACAGCUGUCCAUUGGCAUUAUCGGUCGGCUGACAAAGAUAAACCCUGCUUACGUUGUUCCUCAUCUGAGAAAAACGUUGAUUCAUCUUCUGACCGAACUGGAGUAUGCCAAGUUUGGACGUACCAAGGAAGAGAGUGCGCGGCUGCUUGCACAGCUGAUUGGGUCGACGCACGGACUCAUCAAGCCGUACGUCAAACCCAUCAUCAAGGUGCUGCUUGCUCGUGCACGUGACACGUCUUCCAACGUGGCCUCCGCGGUUAUCACUGCUAUCGGAGAGCUAGCUGCCACUGGACGGGAAGGCAUGAUUGAGUACAUUCCCGAGAUUAUGCCUAUUUUCUUGGAAACUUUUUCGGAUCAGAAUGCUCAGAAGAAGCUGGCUGGUCUGAAAUCUCUCGGACAGCUCUCUUCCUCUUCCGGAUACGUUAUUCAGCCGCUGCUGGAUUACCCCCAGCUGCUCACACUGCUUACUAACACUCUCAAGAGCGACAAUGUUGAUACUCGUCGAGAAACUGUCCGUCUCAUGGGUAUUCUUGGAGCUCUGGAUCCUUAUAAGCAUCGAGAGGUGGAGAGAAGUACCCAGGAUGAUUCAGCAGAGUAUGACUCGAUCCCCACAGAUGUGGCUCUUCUCAUCCAGGGCAUGUCUCCCUCUUCGGACGAGUACAACCACACUGUCGUGAUUACAACUCUAAUGGCGAUUCUCAAGGACCAGUCGCUUGUAUCGCACCACAAUGCUGUUGUCCAAGCCAUUGUCAUCAUUUUCAAGUCGCUGGGUCUCAAGUGUGUGCCGUUUUUGAAUCAGAUUAUCCCUGGCUGGCUGCAAGUGCUUCGAAGCAGUACUCCUUCUAUGGCCGAGUUUUUUGUCCAGCAGUUGGCUCUUCUGGUUCUCAUUGUCAAGCAGCACAUUAGGUCGUAUCUUGACGACAUUUUUGCUGUUGUUCAGGAGCUCUUUGCCAUUCCAUCCAUGCAGCCUGUUGUCCUGACGCUGGUUGAAAACAUUGCUCGGUCUCUGAGUGGCGAGUUCAAGCUGCAUGUGCCUACUCUCUUGCCUCUGCUUCUUGGCGUGCUGGAGAACGACAAAAGCACCACCAAGCUCACCUCCAUCAAGGUGCUGCAGACGUUCGUGGUGCUGGGCGCCAACAUUGAGGACUACAUUCACCUCAUCAUCCCCAUCAUUGUGCGAAUGUUCGAAUACUCGACUCAUCAGCUCAAGAAACGGGCCAUUCAGACUAUUGGACAGUUGUCUCGAACUGUGGAUCUCACCGACAUGUCGUCGCGAAUCGUGCAUCCUCUGUUGCGUGUACUGGCAGCCUGUCCUGUGACUGAAGAGCCCAAUUCGCACCAUGAUGAGUUGCGGCGAACCGUCAUGGAGACUCUGUCAUCGCUGUGUUUCCAGCUGGGUUCCGAUUACACCAUUUUCAUCCCCCUUGUGAACAAGGCUAUGCUCAAGGCCGGAGUGAACUCUCCCUCCUACGACCAGCUGGUCAACCGACUCCUCUCUGGAGAACCACUGCCUGCGUCCAUGGACCCCGACAGUCGAAUCCAGGAGCUCAACAAUACUCCUCCGGAUACCACCUCGCUCAACAAGCUGCCUGUGAACCAACAGCACUUGAAGACCGCGUGGGACACUGCGCAAUGCUCGACUAAGGAGGAUUGGCAGGAGUGGAUGCGACGUCUCUCGACUGCUUUCCUGCGCGAGUCUUCUUCUCACGCCCUGCGAGCCUGUGGUGUCAUUGCUAACAACUAUCAGCCAUUGGCCAAGGACCUGUUCAAUCCGUCCUUCUACUCGUGCUGGUCUGAGCUCUACGACCAGUACAAGGACGACUUGGUGAACCACAUUGAGACGGCUCUGAUGGCGCCCAACAUGCCGCCCGAGACGCUGCAGAUCCUGCUAAACCUGGCCGAGUACAUGGAGCACGACGACAAGCCGCUACCGAUCGAUAUGCGUACUCUGGCUGCCUAUGCUCACCGCUGCCAUGCCUACGCCAAGGCGCUGCACUACAAGGAGCUGGAGUUUAUGCGGGAGCCUACGACGCCCAUCAUUGAGAAUCUGAUCGCUAUCAACAACUCGUUGCAGCAGAGCGACGCUGCUAUCGGUAUUCUCAAGCACGUGCAGCAGCAUCAUCAGUGGCAGCUCAAGGAAUCGUGGUACGAGAAGCUGCAGCGGUGGGACGAUGCUCUCGAGGCCUACGACAAGCUUGAUGACAAUUCCAUGGAGGUCACAAUGGGUAAGAUGCGAUGUCUGCAUGCCCUUGGUGAGUGGGAGUCGCUGGCCGAGAUUGCACAGGAGAAAUGGACUUCAUCAGGCCCCGAGGUGCGACGAGUGGUGGCACCCCUGGCUGCCGCAGCUUCCUGGGGUUUGUCUCAGUGGGAGCGAAUGGACACAUAUAUUAGUGUCAUGAAGGUGGACUCUGCCGACAAGUCCUUCUUCAACGCUGUGGUGAGCAUCCACAGAAACAACUUUGAUGAGGCCCAUACGCAUAUCACUCGUGCACGUGACUUGCUGGCUACCGAGCUCACCGCUCUCAUUUCUGAGUCGUACAACCGAGCCUAUGGUGUUGUUGUGCGGUUCCAGAUGCUGGCAGAGCUGGAGGAGAUUAUCGUCUACAAGGGUCUGGGUCGCAACUCCGAGGAGCAGGCUGCCAUGCGGGCCACGUGGAUGAAGCGGCUCAAGGGCUGUCAGCGAAACGUAGAGGACUGGCAGCGAAUGCUCAAGGUGCGGUCUCUGGUUGUCAAGCCGAAACAGGAUAUGGAGAUGUGGAUCAAGUUUGCAAACCUGUGUCGAAAGAGUGGUCGGCUCUCUUUGGCUGAAAAGUCGCUCAAUGCUCUUCUUGACCCCGAUGAUCCCGACUCACAGACUUCCAGAGCUCCUCCACCUGUUGUUUACGCCCAGCUCAAGUACAUGUGGGCUACUGGCAACUGGGAAGAUGCCCUGAAUCACCUCGUUGACUUUACCAAUCGAAUGUCGCUCGAUCUGGGCCUGGAUCCUGAAGAUCUCAUCACUCAGAAACUACCCUCAGAAGGCGCUGCUGUCCCUAAGAAGAUUCAGGACUACACUCGUCUUCUUGCUCGAUGUUUCCUCAAGCAGGGCGAGUGGCAGAUUUCGUUGCAGGACGACUGGAAGGAGAAGAACCCCGAUUCUAUCCUCGGCUCGUUCCUGUUGGCCACUCAUUUUGACGCCAAAUGGUACAAGGCGUGGCACAACUGGGCGCUGGCAAACUUCCAGGUUGUGUCUCUGCGGUACUCGGAAAAGGAGGAGUUGGCCCUGGAAGACGUGUCUCAAUAUGUGGUACCUGCCAUCAAGGGUUUCUUCCAUUCCAUCUCCUUGUCCAAUGGAUCUUCUCUGCAAGACACUCUUCGUCUUCUGACCCUGUGGUUCCGGUACGGCCAUGUGUCUGACGCGUCUCAGGCCCUUUAUGACGGAUUCCAGAUGCUUUCUAUUGACACGUGGCUGGAUGUCAUUCCUCAGCUCAUUUCUCAGAUUCACCAGCGGUCUCAGGUUGUUUCCAAGGCUCUGCAGGGUCUUCUGAUUGAGCUCGGUAAGAACCAUCCCCAGGCUCUGCUGUACCUGCUCAACGUGGCUGUCAAGAGUGACUCUCUGUCGCGUCAACAGGCCGCUAUGAACGUUAUUGACAAAAUGAGAACUCACAACCCCAUCCUAGUCGAGCAGGCUGAGCUGGUGUCCAAGGAGCUCAUUCGAGUGGCUGUUUUGUGGCACGAGCAAUGGCACGAGGGUCUGGAAGAUGCGUCGCGAUUCUUCUUUGGCGAGCGAAACAUUGAAAAGAUGUUCCAGACGCUAGAGCCUCUACACGCAAUGCUGGAGCGGGGUCCCGAAACUCUGCGAGAAGUGUCCUUCCAAACAGCUUUUGGACGUGACUUGCACGAUGCCAACGAGUGGGUGUGGAGUUUUAAGCGAACCAAUGACCCUGCCCACCUCAACCAGGCCUGGGACAUUUACUACAAUGUUUUCCGACGAAUCGCCAAGCAGUUGCCCCAGCUCAUCUCGCUUGACCUGCAGUACGUGUCUCCCAAGCUGCUGGCAGCCGAGAAUCUCGAGCUGGCGGUGCCUGGUUCGUACGCUCCGGGCAAGGAGAUUGUGCGAAUCAUGAAGUUCGACCCAAUUUUCACCGUUAUCUCGUCCAAGCAGCGGCCCAGACGGCUGUCGUGCAAGGGCAGUGAUGGUAAGGACUACGUGUACGCUCUCAAGGGCCACGAGGAUAUCAGACAGGAUAACCUGGUGAUGCAAUUGUUUGGACUGGUGAACACUCUGCUAUCUCAGGACUCGGAGUGUUUCAAGCGACAUCUCAACAUUACAAAGUACCCUGCCAUUCCUCUGUCCCCCAAGUCUGGUCUCCUCGGCUGGGUGCCUCAUUCGGACACUCUGCAUACACUCAUCAAGGAAUACCGGGAUGGCCGAAUCCUCAUCAACGUGGAGCAUAGAUUCAUGCUGCAGAUGGCGCCGGACUACGAUCCAUUGACGCAUCUGCAAAAGAUUGAGGUGUUUACGUACGCUCUGGACAACACUAAGGGCCAGGAUCUGUACCGAGUCUUGUGGCUCAAGUCGCGGUCCUCGGAAGCUUGGUUGGAGCGACGAUCUCAAUACACACGAUCCUUGGCUACGAUGUCCAUGGUUGGCUACAUUCUCGGACUUGGAGAUCGACAUCCCUCCAACCUGAUGCUGGACCGAUACACUGGUAAGGUGAUUCACAUUGAUUUCGGUGACUGUUUCGAGGCUGCCAUUCUGCGAGAAAAGUACCCCGAAACAGUGCCCUUCCGACUGACUCGAAUGCUCACAUACGCCAUGGAGGUGUCAGGAAUCGAGGGCUCGUACCGAAUCACGUCCGAGCAUGUGAUGCGGGUCAUCCGAGACAACAAGGAGUCGCUGCUGGCCAUUCUGGAAGCCUUUGCCUAUGAUCCUCUCAUCAACUGGGGUUUCGAGCUUCCCAGAGGCGAGGAUCUGCCUGUCAAGCGGUUCGAUGAGGACGAAAAGGUCAAUGUUCGAAUGGCUCGAGCGCACUUGGUCCUCAAACGAAUCCAGGACAAGCUGUCUGGAAACGACAUCAAGAACAGAAAAAAUGUCGAUGUGCCGGCACAGGUGGACUACUUGAUUCAGCAGGCCACUAGCAUUGAGAAUCUGUGUCAGCACUUCAUAGGUUGGUGUUCUUUCUGGUAG